GGACCAUUGAUUGACUACGUCCUUGCUAGCCUCACCUGGUGACAGUCUCUACCCAUCGUAGCCUCAUCGUGAGCAGAUCCUCCCUCCUCCUCUUCUGCUCACCAUGCCUCCUCCACGUCCACCUCGCGCCCCUCUCCCACCCCGCGCCGGCGCCGAUCCCUCGACCUUCCCCGCCCACAGUCCCUGGGCCGCUCCCCAAUCGCACAUUCCUCCCCCGGCUCCACCCUCCUCACGCCAGCCCUCACCGCGGCGUGCCGAGACAUACCUUCGUCGCAUCACCCAGCCGGACCGCUUCGAUGGACCGCGUCCGUCGGUGUUUCAGAGAAGUAGCCAGUUGCUUGCGGGAGGAUUGAGCAUACUGGCUGUGGGCUGGCUGGUGCUUUGGCAAGACUACGGGAACGGAGAGCAUUGCUUCAGUCCGGUGAGUUGGCAAGAAGACAGGGAAGCAGAGGAGAUCGUCGACAGCGUCACGGAGGGUCUAUACUGAUACGAUAGGCACUGCUUUGUCUCUUCAUCCCUUCAGAUUCGCCGGCUGGUAGGGACGCGCUCCAUCCCCCUCUU